CACGGCCGGGCCCUGGCGCGGGGGGCGGGCACGGGGGCCCGGUCCGACAUGGGCAAGAAGCACAAGAAGCACAAGUCGGACGAACACCUCUCCGAAGAGUACGUAGAGAAGCCCUUGAAGCUGGUCCUCAAAGUGGCAGGGAACGAGGUCGCCGAGCUCUCCACGGGCAGCUCGGGGCACGACUCAAGCCUCUUGGAAGACAAAAACGAUCAUGACAAACACAAGGACAGAAAGCGGAGAAAGAGAAAGAAAGGAGAGAAACAGGUUCCCGGGGAAGAAAAGGGCAGAAAACGGAGACGAGUGAAGGAGGAUAAAAGGAACCGAGAUCGAGACCAUGUGGAGAAUGAGGCAGAGAAUGACCUCCAGUGUCAGGCUCCUGUAAGACUAGACUUGCCUCCUGAGAAGCCUCUCGCAAGUUCUUUAGCCAAACAAGAAGAAGUAGAACAGACACCCCUUCAAGAAGCCCUGAAUCAACUGAUGAGACAAUUGCAGAGAAAAGACCCAAGUGCUUUCUUUUCAUUUCCUGUGACGGACCUUAUUGCUCCCGGCUACUCCAUGAUCAUUAAGCACCCAAUGGAUUUUAGUACCAUGAAAGAAAAGAUCAGAAACAAUGCCUACCAGUCCAUAGAAGAACUCAAGGAUAAUUUCAAACUAAUGUGUACUAAUGCCAUGAUUUACAAUAAGCCAGAGACUAUUUAUUAUAAAGCUGCAAAGAAGCUAUUACACUCAGGGAUGAAAAUUCUUAGCCAGGAAAGAAUUCAGAGCCUGAAGCAGAGCAUAGAAUUCAUGGCAGGUUUGCAGAAAACUCGAAAGCAGAAAGAUCAGACAGAUACCUCACCGAGGCGGGAGGACAGUGGCUGCUGGCCAAGGGAGAGAGAACACUUCGGAGAUGCUGAAGCGCAGGCCUUCGAAGGCCCCAACAAGAAAAACAAAAAGAAAGACAAAGAUACUAGUGAAGAUAAAUUUAAAAGCAGUAACUUAGAAAGAGAGCAGGAGCAGUUUGACCGCAUCGUUAAGGAAUCUGGAGGAAAACUGACCAGGCGGCUUGUUACUAGUCAGUGUGAAUUUGAAAGAAGAAAGCCAGAUGGGACAACAACACUGGGGCUUCUCCAUCCUGUGGAUCCUGUUGUAGGAGAACCAGGCUGCUGCCCUGUAAAACUGGGAAUGACCACUGGAAGACUUCAGUCUGGAGUGAAUACUUUGCAAGGGUUCAAAGAGGAUAAAAGGAACAGAGUAACUCCAGUGUUAUACUUGAAUUAUGGACCCUAUAGUUCUUACGCACCACAUUAUGACUCCACAUUUGCAAAUAUCAGCAAGGACGAUUCUGAUUUAAUCUACUCAACCUAUGGGGAAGACUCAGAUCUUCCAAGCGAUUUCAGCAUCCAUGAGUUUUGGGCCACAUGUCAAGAUUAUCCGUAUGUUAUGGCAGAUAGUUUAUUGGACGCUUUAACGAAAGGAGGGCAUUCUAGAACCCUACAAGAGUUGGAGACGUCAUCAGCUGAAGGUGAAGGCCAUACCAGGACAUUUGACACAACAAAAGACAUGGAGGUUACAGAAAUAGAGCCGGCAGGGCGUUUGGACUGCAAUAACCAGGACAGACUCACGGCACUGAGAGCGGUCACGAACUUUGGUGUGCCCCUUGAUGUUUUUGACUCCGAAGAAGCUGAAGUGUUCCAGAGGAAACUCGAGGAGACCACAAAAUUGCUUCGGGAGCUCCAGGAAGCCCAGAACGAGCGUCUGAGCGCGAAACCCCCUCCCAACAGGAUCUGUCUCUUGGGUCCCUCCUACAGAGAAAUGCGUCUCGCCGAACAGGUGACCAAUAAUCUUAAAGGACUUGCACAGCAAGUUACUCCCGGUGAUAUUGUCAGCAUGUGCGGAGUUCGAAAAGCAAUGGGGAUUUCCAUUCCUUCCCCCAGCGUAGAAAACAACUUUGUAGAUUUAACAGAAGAUUUCGAAGACUCUAACAAGACUGAUGUUCCUGACUGUGGGCCUGAUGGAAUUUGAAGCAAACUGGAUUUGAUUUAUAGAUAAUGUACAUUUUUUUUUCAUUCUUAACUUGGAAAUGCUUUUCAGAGGAUAUUGAAUAUUUGUAAAUUGUGUUUUUAAUUAAACUUUGGAACAAUUUUAAUGUUCCAGAGAUUGGACUUCUGUUAAGUAAUAAAGCUGAACCUGGGACGCUGAGUUACAUUGUGCAUUUCAGCUAAGUUAGCCCUGUGACCUUUCCUGGGGCUGAAUCUGAGGCUAUAGUGAUAAAAUUGAGAGAAGCUAAAAAAAAACCCACCUUUUUCGUAACCAUUAAUUAAAAGAAAGAAGUCCCCCAAAUGAUUGAAAUCCCACAUUUGCUACACUGCUUAGAGAAUUAUAACCUAAGUGAAUAGAUCUCGUGUUGAUGAUUCAUUCCAGUAACAGCCCUUGUGAGGAGGGGUUCUGGCUUUGUGCUGUUGCUGUACAUACCCAGCAGAAAGUGGGAGGAGACUUGGCCUGGGCCAAGUGCUUUCAGAGUAGUGCUUAUCCUUAGGUUUCACUGGAUCGUAACUAAAAAACUUUUUUUUUAAUGUCCUUAUCCAGUGAGAUUUUUCCAUUGUCAUACCUUGAAGAACAAAGUAACAUACUUAAAAUAAUUUCA